CUCUCAUCAAAUAAGAUAUUGAUCCCUUUUCGUGCCUUGCAAAUCUCCAGAGCCUCCACAUGCUGCAUAACCCUCUGGUCUAAUCCCAGCAGCCACAGUUGUCACCUCCUCUGGGAAGCCUUCCCUGACCUUCCUCUUGAUGUCUGGCAAGGUGGCCACUGGCAGUGACAUCGGGCAGGCCCGCCGGGCCGUGGAGCAGCUGCGGAUGGAGGCCGGCAUGAACCGUGUGAAGGUGUCCCACGCGGCUGCCGACCUGCUGCAGUUCUGCAUGGAGCAGGCCAAGAGCGACCCCUUCUUGGUAGGCAUCCCGGCUGCCACCAACCCCUUCAAGGAGAAGAAGCCCUGUGCCAUCCUAUGACGCUGGCCCUGAGGACCCCUCAAUAAACAUGA